GUGAUCUCAGGGCCCUCCACCCCAUCAAGGAAGGAUGUGGGGAUGGAGACACAUCUGCGAGCCGCAGUGUCUGGUCUCUCCUAAGGGGGAGGGUAGAAGGCUGGCCCGUUUUCCAAACCCUCUGCCCUUACCAGUCCUGGGAGAAAGGAACAUGGAAGCAGCUGGAACAGAUGCUUGGUUCCCGGGCUCUGAGAGGAAGGAGGAAGCCUGAGCAGGGCCAUAUGACAUUUGGAGCGGGGGAGGGAAGAAGCAGGAGUGCUAGGGAGAGUGAGGAGGAGGAAGAGAUGCCCCUGGCCUCCCUAAGAAAGGAUAAACUCGGUGGGAACAAGGCUCGGUUGGGGCCACCCCUCCCACCCCCCAGAUGUGUGGACCCUCCAGCUUGCAGAGAAGAUGCCCCCAACCCAACUCCCUUGCCCGCUCCAGGCACCUGGAGACACAGGGCCCAGGAGGAGGAGGAAGAGGAGGAGGAGGAAGAUAAAUAUGAGCUGCCCCCCUGUGAGGCUCUGCCCCUCACUCUGGCUCCUGCCCACCUUCCUGGCACAGGGGAGGACUCCCUGUACAUAGAUUGCUCUGGCCCCCCAGGCUCAUCCAAGCCAUCGCCACCCCUGCCUCAGCCCACCGGGGCCAGAGGCCUCCCCACAAACCCCUCCUUCCCCGCCCACCCCACCCCAGGCUGCCAUUUCCCGCUGAAGGCAGCAGCGAGCCUGCACGUGGCUGAGAAGCAGGGACCUCUCUUUGGGAGGCGAGGCCCCAGCUGGGUGUCCUUUUUACUUGCAAGUCCCCUGAGGUGGCAGUCCAGGUGGCAUUGCCUCCCAUGAAACAAAUGAGGAGACUGAGGCCCACAGACAUGAAAUGCUGUGCCUGAGACCACACAGCAGAGGCCCAGACCCCCAGGUCCUAUUCUGCACCUGGUGUGAUUGCUGGGUCAGGUGAGGGACAUCCUCAGAAUGAAGAGGUCAAAGGGCAGCCUAUGCCUGAGGACCCUCACCAUGGAGGAACAUCUGUGCACCAUCCCCCAUCAAAAGGGGCCACCAGUCUCUGUGACAGCUCAUGUCAUUAUUGGCCACCACUGUCCAGAGACUUGUCCCUAUGGUCAGUGCCCUGAACCCUGUAACCCCAGAACCCUGGAUGUCAGGACAAAGAGGGACCUCAGCCAACAUGUUUUUGUCCAAAAGAGGCCCGGGGAGACAUAGCCUCCUCCUGCCCAAAGUCUAACAGCUGGCCUGAGCCACAUUCAUUUUCAGUGGUUGGUAAACCUUCCUGACCUUGAGGGUGGCUUUGAUUUUUGGAACAGCCCUAAGACAUUUGGAGCCAAGCCUGGCAAAUCAGCUGGGAGGUUGAGAUAGGCAACAUCACAGGGCUGUGAAGAAAUCGAUCAGGGAUGAGGGAGGCUUUCUCCUGGGCUUCAGUGCUGGCUCUGAGGAUUCCCUCAGACAAGUUCCAAGGACACUCUAUGUCCCAGCCUAAGUUUCACUGAAUUCCUUUCUGCUCCCUGCUGCCAUGACAGGUGGUUCUCCUCUUUUCCUUCCAGAGCAGAGCACACCGUCCAGAGUGGUGCCAGGCCCUCCAAAGAAACCUGAGGAGGAGGACAUCUACCUGGAGUGUGA